GGGUCUUUAAAUAACUCGUGUUUCGUCAGGGUUUUAUUUAAAUGCUAAAAUUAAAAGUUUUUGCGAGUAGACAGACGCCAUUUACAGCAGACGUAGGAUAGCAGUUCUAAAUUUUAUCAAGUUUUAAAACAUUUUAUUUUAUUUUAUUUUUAUUAAGUUAUGUACAGCUCGACGCCGGAGCGCGGUGUCAUGUAUUCAGAGGAAUGUUCUAGCAGCAGCAACAUGUUGGUCCACCGAAACCUUACAGCUGUCAGGAGGCAGGAAGAGCUGGAGAGUAGCCUCCUUAGCUUUGCAAGCGAAGAGGACGAAGACGUUCAUUUCGACACUUCUGAUACAGAAAAUAACAGAGAGGUGCUGAUGGCCGGCAGGCAUUACCCUUCCAUCCAAGAGUUUGCCUCAGCAAUCCCCAACCACCUUCUCCUCGGCUCGCUGCUCGAGCACCUGUGUUGUGUUUACGAGAGCAAUCCUGCGCGCUCACGUGUGCUCUUUAAAGCAAUAGGCCAYCGUUUAGCGGCCAUGAAUCUUCUCUCACCUUUGGCCAUAAGUGAUGAAUUUAGCACCGUCAGACUCCAGCACAACCGGGCCUUCACUGAGCUGCUUAAUGCUGCAAGCUCCUCGCUCUGUCCACAGGGUCCUGGUGCAAACACYCACAAUCCUGCUUUAAGACCCAAGGAGGGACUGUUUCAAACACAAACAUCACGGUAUCUUAGUGAAUUUGAAGAAAUAUCCAGACUUGGGAAAGGAUCAUACGGGAAUGUUUUUAAGGUUUUAAACAAACUAGAUGGACAGUGUUACGCGGUGAAGAAAAUUUUAAUCAAACAAGUCUCAAAGGAAGACUGCAUGAAGGUUCUUAGGGAAGUCAAAGUGUUAUCCAGCUUGCAGCAUGUAAAUAUAGUAGGUUAUCACACUGCCUGGUUGGAACAUGUUCAGCCAAUGACAUCUCCUGGGUCCAGUCUUCCAGCUCUUGAAUCUCCUGGACAAGACGGUUUGMGUGACAGCCCUGACAACAGUAGCACCAGCUCAUCCAUAGUCUUUCAAAGCCAAAGUCACGCAGAGACAGAUGCUGCUUUAAGUGUCAAAGGACCUGCAUCAGAGACUCAUCCUAUGAGAGCCAUAGUUUCAACCAACGAGGGACAAGUCGUGUGUCCCAGGACUAUGCGUCGGAUCCCAGACAACUAUGUCCCCUGUGUGUUCCUGGGACAGCAAGGGCCCAGAAAUGGCCCCAAAUGUCCCUCCAUGGGCUGGGACACUUCAGCGCUGUUAGACGAGGGGUCGAGCAGGAACAGCAUUGAACUGAACAACAACUCCUACAUCGACAASAAGUGUCAGCAGUGGGCUGACAAACAGACCAGAAGGCCCUCCAAAGAGGUGCAGUUCCAGCUGAUGCUGUAUAUUCAGAUGCAGUUGUGUGAGCGCUCGCUGAAGGACUGGAUCUCUGAGAGGAACGCUAAGAAACAAAUUUCAAUCUCUCCAUAUGACUGUGUUGAUAGCGAACACACACUAAGGUUGCUGAAAAACAUACUUGAAGGAGUGGAGUACAUUCAUUCCAGAGGCAUCAUGCACAGAGACCUGAAGCCAAGGAACAUUUUCCUCCACGGUCAUGACUGUCAUGUUCGGAUCGGGGACUUUGGUUUGGCCUGCAGGGAUAUAAUAGAUGACAGUAAAAGAACAUCCUCUUCAGGCAGCGAUUCGACUCAUACUUCCGGUGUCGGUACCUUUGUGUAUGCUGCUCCAGAACAACUGAAAGGCUCCAAAUAUGAUUCACAGUCAGAUAUGUACAGCGUCGGAGUUCUAGCCUUUGAGUUGUUCCAGCCCUUUGGGACGGAGAUGGAGCGAGCCCGGACCCUUGGGGACCUGAGAGAAGGGAAAAUUCCAGAUCAGUUCUGCCUCAAAUGGCCACUUCUGACCAAGAACAUCAUGAAGCUGAUGAGUAAAACGCCCAGUGUUCGACCCACAGCCAGGCAGCUCUUAGAGAGUGAACUCUUCUGCAAAAAAGACAUGGUCAUCCAUGGUUUGCAGCGAAGGGUUGAGGAGCAGCAAGAAGAGAUCAUGCAGCUGAGGAUGCAGAUCAGUCAGCUCCAGAGCUCAAAAGUCACUGUUACUUUCUCUGAUUCAAACAGCUGAACUUUAAACACCUGAAACUUUUAUUCAGCCACUACGCACUGUUUAACUUGCAGCACACGGCUGUCUUUCAUCAAAGAGCAGCUAAAACUUUGGGACUGUUAAUAUUGCUUUAAAUCUGAAAAAGUGACCUGCAUGUGGGACUGGUUUUUGUUUUUGUGCAGCCUGUUUAUCCAAAYGGUUUGAGUUCUCCAUUGUCAAUAUAGAAAGUGAUCUUUUAUUGUAAAUAUGUUUUGAUGCAUUUAUAUUUAAACUGUUCUCUGAUGUAAACUCUUAAAGGUGGGAGGUGAUUUGAAUGAAUGGAUGUAGAAAUAGAGUGCUAUUUGUUGAGUUGUGUGAAGCUUAUAAAAGCUCUGAGUACGUUUUGUCUUUACAGUA